UCAAAUGGUAUUAAUAAUAGUAGUAAUUCUAGUUAUGGAACUUCAGUAUAUGAACCUAGGAUUCCAUCAAUAUUUGAACAAAUGGAAAAUAUAAUUCAUGAAGAUGCUGAAAAUGUCAUUGUAAGUGGUGAAAUUGAAAAGAUUAAUGAAGUUGUGAAAAUAUUUGAAGAGAGGGGUUAG